AUGGACCUGGGCCUCAACCGCAUUCCACUCGGUCGUUCAGCAUGGAAAGCUCAGAUGCCAGCCCCCCUGGUCUCUACUCAACGAGCGGCAAAUGAGCCGGGAAACGAGACGACUACCAAGUCGGCAACUGACCCAGUAAACACUACUACGCAGCACUCGAGCCCUUCCGACGAGAAGAAGCAGAAAAACGACACCGAUGUUUUUGAAAAGCGAAGCUCUACAACUUCCGGCGGCACCGGCGAUGGACAGGCAGAUGAGGGCUUCGUAUUGUCGCGGAGCGUGCAAGAUCCCUCAGAGGAACUCCCUAUCGAGCUGGUGAGCUUGACGGAUCGGUUCAUCAACUCCUUGAGUGCCAAAGUUCAUAACUCACCUCCUACGAUCGAUAAAAUUUCCUCCCUCUUCCAAGUCUUCUACGACCGCGCCGAAUCUCAUAUUGCCACCCAUAUAUCCGCACUUGCAUCUCGUAUCAACCGUGAAUCAACGCCUCAGGUGCCUCCGAGAGUAAGAGGGAGUGGUCUAUCAAGACUGACCAACAAGGGCUCUCAGGAUGAUCUCCGAUCGAGUGGGUUGGGCCGACAGAUGCUGACUCCAGAUGAGGUAGAGGAAAGACGCAAGGCUCGCAAGGCUCUUGAAUACAAGCGCGCUGCGAUGGAAGAAGCUGCAGAGCGGAGAGUUUGUGAGCAAGUUUAUGAUAAAAUCUGGAGACAUAAGAGCACAUUGGAUGAAGUUCGCGACGAAAAGCUGCGUUCUAAAACCGCAGCUUUGCUACUUGUGGGAAUCGAUCUGAAAGAUUUGGGUAUCGACCUGGAUAUAUCAACAAUCUCCGAGGAGAAGCAACAGGAGGCCAACGAUUGUCUUGCCCUGGCACGGGAGUGUCUGGAAAAGAUGAGUGAUCAGAAAUACCCCCUUGGCAAGCUUCAACAAUUAGCAGCUGCUCACAAAGCUAUUGUUGAUGCUCUUACAAAACUGCUGCCUUCUUCGUCUUCCGCGGACGAGAUUUUACCCACAUUGAUUUAUUGUCUUGUCACAUGCCCUCCUGAGGGUAUCAAUAUUGUCAGCAACUUGACUUUCAUCCAGCGGUUCAGAUCAUCGAAUAAGAUUGACGGCGAAACAGCGUACUGUUUGACUAAUCUUGAGGCUGCUAUCAGCUUUUUGGAGAAUGUUGAGCUGUCUAGCUUACGAGCGGACGAGCUUCAAGAGGGCCCUGCAAAGACCCCUAGUGAGGCUGCCACGCCGUCCUCCGAGCGAGUCGACCCUUUUCGACCGACCAAAGAUCACACAACUUCGUCAAUCACGAUUGUAUCUGCAGAACCUGAAAUUUCACAGCCCGAGGUCAAAGAGCCAGCUGUUUCCACAUUACCUCGCCCUCGACCCUCUGUAACACCGCAGCAGAGACGCUUGAGUAACCUAUUUCAACCUCCGGUAAAGGUCUUUGAAGCUGCCAACGAUGCGGUCCGCAGUACCGCGGACCAAAGCUUCAAAAACAUCGGCGCGUCGCUUGAUAAUAGCUUCAAUUUCCUAUUUGGUCGCCUCAAGGAACUGCAAACCACCCAAGGGCCCAACGCACAAGGAAAUGGCACAUUGCUUCCUAAGACGCUGGCUGAAGCUCGCCGUCUGGUAGCAAACCCGCCAGCCAACAACCAGAUUCUCACACCAGAAGAAAUGGCCUCCAUAAAUGACAUCUCUGCCGAGGAUGUUGCACAAGGCCGGAGUAGCUCCAGAUCUACCCUCACGAGUGGAGGCCCAACACCUCGUGACCGAAGCACCGACAGCGCGAGGACACAGGGCAGCAGCAAAAUGUCAGUCGCGACUUCGCUCCGAGACGAACCUGCCCAAUCACCGGCUUCUGUCACAACUCCCAACCCGCUGGAGUCAAUGCGAAGCUUUGGGAACACACUCAACCCUCUCAACCACAUCCCUGGCAUGAUCAAGAAUUUUGGCCGCAUUACCCCAGAUACCCCCACGGCCAGAUCAGUGUCCCCUGCAGCAAUGGACCGCCUCAAGACAUCGCCUUCUUCAUCUGGUGGAGUCAGCGGAGCAGGAAGUUUCCUACCUGCCUAUUCAAAAAUCGAACCUCCAAUUCAACGGUUCCUGGAAACGAAGGAUGCAAGUGAUCUCCGCGUUGGGGAUAUAGCUAUUUUACUCCAAGAUUACAAACGGCUUGCAGCUUCGCUUUACCAGCCGGGGCCAGGUUCUCGAUAA